CAAUUUUUUAAGCUCUUUUCUUCAUCAAUGGCAGCAUCUUCAUCCAGCACCUUCUACACCAACCUCAAGUUUUGUACCAAACCCAGCAACAACAACAAAGCUUCUUCUCUUCUACGUAUUAGUCUCUGUCACAAGAAUAAUAAUAAUAAUCAUGAAGACAACAACAAUAACAACAGCAACAGCAACUUGAACCGAAGGGAACUCAUAUUGAGAAGCAGUGAAAUAGCAACAGUUGGUGCUAUCUUCAAUUUCAGUGGAAAAAAGCCUGAUUAUCUUGGAGUGCAGAAAAAUCCUCCAUCAUUAGCUUUGUGUCCAGCAACUAAGAAUUGUAUAUCAACAUCUGAGAAUAUCACUGAUACCAUCCAUUAUGCACCUCCUUGGAAUUAUAACCCUGAAGGUAGGAAAAAUCCUAUAAGCAGGGAAGAGGCAAUGGAGGAACUGAUAGAUGUGAUAGAAUCAACACCAGCAGACAAAUUUACACCACGAAUAGUUGAAAGGAAAGAGGACUAUAUCAGAGUGGAGUACUCAAUCUUGGGGUUUGUGGAUGAUGUUGAGUUCUGGUUUCCUCCUGGUAAGGGUUCAACAGUGGAGUAUCGAUCCGCAUCGAGGGUUGGAAACUUUGAUUUUGAUGCAAAUAAGAAAAGAAUUAAGGCAUUGAGACAAGAAUUGGAGAAGAGAGGAUGGGCAUCUGCAGAGACGAUAUAAGCAACCUAUAUAGAAAUCAUAUAAUCAAUGGCAACAAAAACAACUUGAGUUCAACUUGAAUAAUUUUUUAGCAGACCAUAACCUAUUGAACCAUUGAAUGAAAGACAUGUCUGUGUUCAUUUGAAUUGCAGAACUCAGAGUGCACAAAUGUAACCCUUGUUCAAGGAAUGAAAUAAAUAUCUUGGUUGUUUUUCCAA